AUGGAGAAUUUCAAAUCCUAUCGGGGUCAUCACCGAAUAGGUCCAUUAAAAUCUUUUACUGCUGUCAUCGGACCGAAUGGCUCAGGGAAAUCAAACUUUAUGGAUGCAGUUAGUUUUGUCAUGGGAGAAAAAACAUCCCUCCUACGUGUCAAGCGUCUUAGUGAUUUAAUUCAUGGAGCUUCAAUCAAUAAACCCGUAUCUCGAAGUGCAUCCGUAACAGCAACAUUCGUUCUGGAAGACAUGACAGAGAAACAAUUCCAGAGGUCUGUCAUAGGCCAGUCUUCAGACCACAAGAUUGAUGGACAGACGGUCUCCGUAAGUAAUUACUUAAGUGAGUUAGAAAAAUUGGGAAUCAAUGUGAAGGCGAAGAACUUUUUGGUCUUCCAAGGAGCAGUAGAGUCUAUAGCUAUGAAAAACCCUAAAGAAAGAACAGCUCUGUUUGAAGAAAUUAGUGGGUCGGGAGUCUUGAAAGAACAGUAUGAAGCUUGUCGCGCGGAAGUAAAUCGAGCCGAUGAGGAAGCACAAUUCUCUUAUCAGAAGAAGAAAGGAGUGGCUGCAGAGCGCAAGGAAGCUAAAUUUGAGAAGGAAGAGGCAGAGAAAUAUACGCGUCUUAAACAGGAGUUGCAAGAACAAAAGGUGGAGCUGCAACUAUUCCAUUUAUACCACAAUGAGAGAGAAAUACAGUCUACCGAAGAAGACUUGCGGCACAAACAGAAUGAAUUGGCCAAGAUUGAGAAAAAGAGGCAGAAAGCUGAAGAUGCACUCAAAGAGAAAAAGAAAGAAGCUGGCACCAUACAAAGAGAGCUUGCGAAGAUAGAACAAGAUAUCAGAGAAGUGGAAGCUGAGGUGUCUAAGAAACGACCUACCUUUAUCAAAGCCAAGGAACGUGUUACGCACACUCAAAAAAAGCUAGAGAGUUCUAUUAAAACAUUAGAGCAGGCACGCAAAGCCCAUGAGGCUCAUCAAGCUGACAUAAGAAAACUUGAGGAAGAGUUACGACAAGUAGAGGAACAGAAAGCUGCUUGGGAAAAAUCCAUUCUAGGAACUGGUCCUAGUGGACGUGCUGAUGUUCAUUUAGAAGAGGCUCAGAUCCGCGAGUACGAGGAGCUGAAGAUGGAGGCGUCUCGCGCAGCAGCCCGCUACCUGCAGGAGCUGGACUCAGUCAAUCGCGAGCAGAAGGCUGACCAGGACCGCCUGGAUAACGAGCUGCGCCGCAAGGGCGAGCUCGAGAACAAGCAUCGUCAGAAGGGUCACGAAAGAAAUGAAGCAAUGAAGAGAGUUGAAAAGUUAAAUGAGCACAUCAAGAGCUCCGAGCAGGCUCUAGAAGAACAGAGAAGAUUAAGGGCCGAGUUGCAGGCAGACGUGGGCGAGUGUCGAGGGCGUGCGGCGGAGCUGCAGGCGCAGCUGGAGGAGGUGGCGGCGCAGCUGGGCGACGCGCGUGUCGACAAGCACGAGGAGGCGCGCCGCCGCAAGAAGCAGGAGAUCGUCGAAAGCUUCAAGCGGGAGAUACCGGGCGUGUACGACCGCAUGAUCAACAUGUGCCAGCCGACGCACAAGCGCUACAACGUGGCCAUCACAAAGGUGCUGGGCAAGUACAUGGAGGCCAUCGUGGUGGACACGGAGAAGACGGCGCGUCGCUGCAUCCAGGUGCUGAAGGAGCGCAUGCUGGAGCCCGAGACCUUCCUGCCGCUCGACUACAUACAGGCCAAGCCGCUGCGCGAGAGGCUCAGAGACAUAAAGGAGCCGAAGAACGUUAAGCUGUUGUUCGACGUGCUGCGGUUCGAGCCUCCCGCUAUCCAUCGCGCCGUGCUGUUCGUCACUAAUAACGCGCUCGUCUGCGAGACGCCAGAGGAUGCCUCGCGCGUCGCCUACGACCUCGACCGCAACAAGAACAGCCGCUACGAUGCGUUGGCUCUGGAUGGCACGUUCUACCAGAAGUCUGGUAUUAUCUCGGGAGGCUCGUUGGACCUCGCACGCAAAGCCAAGCGCUGGGACGAAAAACAUCUUUCGCAGCUCAAAGCUAAAAAGGAAAAACUAACGGAAGAAUUACGAGAGUCCAUGAAGAAGUCCCGCAAGGAGUCAGAGCUGACGACAGUGGACUCACAGAUCCGAGGUCUGGAGUCGCGGCUCAAGUACGCCAUCACCGAUCGUGAUACCACCUUAAAACAAAUCAAAGCCUUGGAUGCAGAGUUAGCAGAACUGGAGAGGAAAAUGGAAAUGUUUGGACCUCAAAUAGAGGACAUCGAGCGCACCAUACGCGCUCGCGACGCAAAGAUCCAGGAGGUGAAGGAGAAUAUGAACAACGUGGAAGACGUGGUCUUCCGCGGCUUCUGCCGAGACAUCGGCGUUGCAAAUAUCCGGCAGUACGAGGAGCGCGAGCUGCGCGCGCAGCAGGAGCGCGCCAAGCGGCGCAUGGAGUUCGACGCGCAGAUCGACCGCAUCGCCUCCAACCUCGAGUUCGAGCGCUCGCGGGACACGCAGAAGAACGUAACGCGGUGGGAGCGCACGGUGCAAGAUGCGGAGGACGAGCUGGAGGCGGGCCGCCAGGCCGAGGCCAAGCAGCGCGCCGAGGUGGAUCGCGAGCUACGCCGGGUGGAGGCCCUGAAGGCUGCUCGCUCGGAGACCAAGCAGCGCCACCAGCGCGCGGAGGACGACGCGGCGGCGGCACGUAAAGAAGUAGCCAACAUUCAGAAAGAAAUCCAAACGGUACAAAAACAGAUCGCGAGCCUGGAAGCCCGCAUCGAGAGCAAACGCAGCGAUCGACACAAUAUCCUGCGGCAGUGUAAGAUUGAUGACAUUAUCAUUCCUUUGCUGGAGGGCAGCCUGGAUGAUACAGCAGACACUGAAUCCGAGCAGUCUAAUUCAGUAUCCACCACGCAACAAUAUCAGCGUGAAUCCAGGAUCCGAGUGGACUACCGCUCGUUGUCCGAGUCUCUGAAGGAGUUGGAGGAACCGGACGAAAUCAAGCGCAAGGGCGACAAGUUGCAAAAAGCGAUCAAUUCGUUGCAAAACACUGUCGACAAGAUACAAGCGCCUAAUAUGAGGGCAAUGCAAAAACUGAACGAGGUGCGAGAAAAAGUGAACGCGACCAAUGAAGCGUUCGUAGCGGCGCGGAAACGAGCACACAAGGCAAAGUUAGCUUUUGAAAAGGUCAAAAAAGAACGACACGAUAAGUUCAUUGACUGCUUCGAGCACGUGGCCAACGAAAUUGACGCCAUUUACAAGGCGCUGGCAAUGAACCAGUCAGCGCAGGCGUUCCUGGGCCCCGAGAACCCGGAGGAGCCGUACCUGGACGGCAUCAACUACAACUGCGUGGCGCCCGGCAAGCGCUUCCAACCCAUGUCCAACCUGUCCGGCGGUGAGAAGACCGUCGCCGCACUCGCGCUGCUCUUCGCUAUACACAGUUAUCAACCAGCGCCGUUCUUCCUGCUGGACGAGAUCGACGCGGCACUAGACAACACCAACAUUGGCAAGGUGGCCUCCUACAUCCGCUCCAAGAAGGGCAGCCUGCAGACCAUCGUCAUCUCACUCAAGGAGGAGUUCUACGGAUGUGCGGACGCGCUCAUCGGUAUCUGUUCAGAGCCGGCGGACUGCCUCGUCAGCGACGUCUGCACACUCAGCCUCGAGAACUACGCAGAUUAG